CUGCGACUUUUCUCCUCUCUUGUAAGCACUUCAGCGACUCUCCGACGGCGCAAUCUUUACCUGCAGCCACCAGAAGAACGAAGACUCAUAUUCGAUGAAUCGGACAACAUGCUAAUUUCAGUCACCAUGACUACAUACAGGCUCCCUUUGUGUGUCGUCUACUCCAUCUUGCUUAUAGGCAUCAGCAAAGCCUUUGUUGGCGAUUGCCUCUGUCGAAUUGCGCAUUUGGCCAUUGCCACCGGUAGUACCACCAUCAAAGCCUCACAUUCACCACACCAACCUACAAUUCACUUCAAAACUAGCAUUUCUCCAAAGACGCCCUAUUUUCGAUACGUCGCCACUGUAUUGAGAAUAUUUGGAGCCUUCAACUCUUCUACAUUGAUCGACUGGGAAUUGGAUAAACGCCAUCACCCAGCAAUUCUACCUAAUCUCUCUCCUCUCCUUUCGAGUCAUACAAAAACAAAGUGAACAUGAGGGCUUGGACAACACACGCCUCAAAAGAAUCACACGUCAGUCAAAGCCCACCGCCAGAGUCACAAGCUGUUUUGGUCAUUACACACUCAGAUCGCCUUGAGAGUGACGAACAUUCGUACUUCGAUAUCUGCACACGAGAGUUUGCUACGGCAGGUCUUUCUCACAGAUAAACAAGUCUUUUGUCUCGUCCGGAUCAAGCCAUCUUGAGC